CCCCCCAAAACACACUCAUUCUCUCUAUAUAUACAGAGGUGGCCAAGUCUUACAUUUGGUUCUCGUAAAAGUUUCCAAUGCCUGAACUCCUUUCUUCCAUGGCCGGAGGCUUUUGGCUUUCUCUUGUAGUUGGCAUGUUCGGAUUUUUGUUUGGUCUCAUUUUGAACCAUUUCUUACCAUUGUUCUUGAGGCUUGGUCCUGUCCCUAGAGGGACUUUUGGUUGGCCUAUACUGGGUGAAACCCUUCGUUUCUUGAAGCCUCAUCCUUCUAAUUCUCUCGGAGACUUUCUUCAAGACCAUUGUUCUAGGUAUGGGAAAGUGUUCAAAUCCCAUUUGUUCUUGUCUCCUACUGUGGUGUCAUGUGACCAAGAGCUGAAUUACUUCAUACUUCAGAAUGAAGGGAAGUUGUUUGAGUGCAGUUAUCCAAAGCCCAUCCAUGGCAUUCUUGGCAAGAACUCCAUGUUGGUUGCUGUGGGUGACACUCAUAAGAGGCUCAGAAAUGUGGCACUCUCUCUGGUCACCAUCACCAGAUCCAAGCCUGAGUUCCUCCAUGACAUUGAGACUACAGCCAUUCGGAUACUCCAUUCCUGGAAAGAAAAAUCACAAGUCAUCUUUUGUGAAGAAGCCAGAAAGUUCACAUUCAAUGUAAUAGUAAAGCAGGUGUUAGGUUUAACCCCAGAUGAGCCACAGACUACAAGAAUUCUUGAAGACUUUCUCACUUUCAUGAGAGGGCUAAUAUCCCUACCUCUUUAUAUUCCUGGAACUCCGUAUGCAAGAGCCGUUCAGGCUAGAAGUAGGAUAUGUUCUACAGUGAAAGCAAUUAUAGAGGAAAGGAAAAGAAAUAUUGGGAAUUCUAGAAAGAGUGAUUUUCUUGAGAUACUUCUGACUGUGAACACCUUAUCUGAAGAGGAAAAAGUGAGUUUCGUUUUGGAUUCCCUUUUGGGUGGCUAUGAAACCACCUCUCUCUUAAUGGCCAUGGUGGUUCAUUUUCUAUGCCAAUCACCUCUUGCUUUACAGCAGCUAAAGGUAGAGCAUCAAAAAAUAAGAAGCAUGAAGCAGAAGGAUGAGAAAUUGAAUUGGGAAGAUUACAAGAAGAUGGAGUUUACUCAAAAUGUCAUCAAUGAAGCUCUCAGAUAUGGGAACAUUGUAAAAUUUGUGCAUCGAAAGGCUCUCAAAGAUAUCAAAUAUAGAGAUUAUCUAAUUCCUUCUGGUUGGAAGGUCCUACCUGUAUUUAGUGCAGUUCAUUUAGACCCAACUCUCCAUGCAAGUGCUUUCCAAUUCCAUCCUUGGAGAUGGGAGAGGCAAGAUCAGAUGUGCAAGAAAUUCACUGCCUUUGGAGGAGGGGCUAGAUAUUGUCCCGGAUCCGAACUUGCUAAAGUUGAGGUUGCAUUCUUCCUCCACCACCUUGUAUUGAGUUUCAGGUGGAGAUCAAUCGAGGAUGACCUACCCUUGGCAUAUCCAUAUGUAGAAUUUCAGAAGGGAUUAGUACUAUUAUUGGACCAUUGUUCCAUUUGAGCCUUUGGCUAGUCCUGUUUAUGCUUUGUUGUUAAGGUCUUGGGAAGAUUUAUGAUUGGGUGAAAGGUUGAGAGGAGUUCCAUCAACAUACCAAAUUCUUCUCUUUUUUCUCUCUCUCCCCUUCAGAACUCAAUAUUGUUUGAUAUGAAACUCUCCAUUCCAUUA